CGAGAUGGAAAUCGCGGCUGUAGCUACUGACCACGACUACUCGGUGUUGCCACAAACGGUGAUACGAGCAAGUGACUUGGUUGAGGACAACGAAGCCUUGCGUCGGAGGAUUUUGGAGCUGGAACAGCAGAUCGAGGGGCUACACCUGCGGCAGAGGUUUGGGUUACAUCGUCUGACAGCGUCGGAUGACAGCAUUCGGUUCUACACCAGAUUUGCAUCCUACCAGCAUUUCCAGGCAUUUUGGAGACUUGUGGAGCCUGCCGUGAACAGCAAAAUGGUGAGGAUUACCAGCUCGAAAACCGCCUCAAACAGCAGCAGCAGUUCCCCUCAAACGAAACUUCCAGCUGUUGACGAGCUACUGCUCUUCCUGAUGUAUCUAUCAGUGGGUUUACAUCUCAAUGACCUUGCUGAGAGAUUCAACAUCCAUCGCAGCACUGCAAGUCGGAUUGUGUCUACUUGGACACAGUUCUUGUACACUUUGCUAGGAAGCAAGCGUCUUUGGCUCCCAUCGGAAGUUGUCAGAGCUCACUUACCGCCUGAAUUUGCUGCCUUUGCUGACACACAGGCAGUGUUUGACUGUACUGAGAUUUUCUGUCAAACACCAUCCUCUCUUCUCCUACAGUCUGAGGUGUUUUCUACCUACAAAUCGCAUCCAACACUCAAAGCGAUGAUUGGUAUGGCACCACAUGGUGCCAUUACCUUUGUUUCAGGACUGUACGCAGGGUCCAUAAGUGACCGAGAGAUCUUUAAGCUUUCGGGGAUCACAAAGCUGCUGAAGCCAGACAUGGCAAUAAUGGUGGACAAAGGCUUCCGUGUGGAUGACCUUGUUCCCUGUAAAGUGUACCGACCAGCCUUCCUCUCCAAAAACAAACAAAUGAGUCGGGAGAAUGUCAGGCAGACCCAGUCGAUUGCACGUCUGAGAGUGCACGUGGAGAGGUGCAUAAGGAGGGUAAAGGAAAACAAACUUUUUGACACCGAAAUACCACUGUCUGUAUGUGGAAACAUUGAGCAGUUGUUCAGUGUUGCCUGCUUUCUGGUAAAUUACCAGAACGGGCCACUAGUGAAGGCGUGGGCAAUUCAGCAAUGAAUUGGGAGCACUUUCAAUCAGUUCAAUCAGCAGUUCUUACAAUCAGUUAAAAUGAAUAGUUCUUUCAGUCAGUUCAAAUGAUCAGUUCUUUGAGUCAGUUCAAACGAUCAGUUCUUUCAGUCAGUUAUUGUUCAUUUUUAGAAAUCUAUACAAAACCUGAACUGAUCUUUAUUGUUUGUUUGUGCAAAUCUCUACCAGUGUAGAGGUUGUAUUGUUCAUUUUUAGAAAUCUAUACAAAACCUUUAAGACGUUGUAGACAGUUUCACCUCAGUGCUUCCAAGAUGACCAAGUUGGUAUCAUAUGUAUUGUCCAGUUUUACAUGGCUUUGAAAGUCUGCUUGUCUGUAAAGACUGUAGAAGACAACAAAACAUACUAACCUAGCAUUCUGUCACUUUAG